AUGGAUAAACUUCUUAAACAGAAACGUGAAUGUGAUUCCGUAAGUAAACACUGCAGCAACAGUUCCAUUAAGAGAGCCAAAGCAUGGUCUAUUCGCAAAUAUGAUGGAAGUUAUUUAGGAUUUGGUUUUCAUUGCACAGGAAACAUAGAUGAUCCUUUGUCGCUAUGUUUAAUAUGUGGAUGUGAAAUGUCAAAUGAAUCAGUGGUUCCUAGUAAACUGAGCAAGCAUUUUAAAACCAAGCACUCGUGUUUACAAAGUGAAUCUAUAAGUUAUCUCAAAAGAUUGUUAGAACAGCAGAUGACAGCAGGAAACUCUUUUGAAAGUAUGACGAUUUCUGAAAAAGCUCAAACCAUUUCUUAUGAGGUUUCAGAACUGAUAGCACAAAAUAUGAAAGAUCAUACUUUAGGUGAGUCACUCAUUCUGCCUGCAUGUAAGAAGGUUGUAAAGACAAUGCUGGAAAAUGAAGCAUCAAAAGAAAUAAAUAAGAUCCCUCUGUCCAACGAUACUGUCAACAGACAUAUUCUAGAAAUGUCAUCUAACAUUGAGAAAAAUGUUUGUAGUAAUAAACUUCAGUAUUCAGAUUUUGCCUUACAAAUUGAUGAGUCAACAGACAAUGCCAACAAAGCACAGCUCUUAGCAUUUAUUCGUUUUAUUAAUGAAGAUCAAAUUAUAAAUCAAUUUCUGUCAUACAAAGAAUUAAAGACAGAAAAGGGUGAAGAUGUUUCCAACAUUAUGAAUAAUUACCAGUGCAAAUGGCAAAUAUCAUGGAAGUUGUAUGUCGGUAUUUGUACAGAUGGAGCUGCAUCAAUAGUAGGCUGUGUUAAGGACCUUACAUCUUUUGUAAAACAGCAAAAUGAAAAUGUUGUCAUAACUCACUGA